AUGGUGAAGCCCGCCGAUCAGAUCCACCGAGCCUGGUGGAAGGAGAGCUCCGUUUAUCAGAUCUGGCCAGCUUCCUUCAAAGACUCCAACGAUGACGGCAUCGGCGAUAUCCCUGGGAUCAUUUCCAAGUUGGAUUAUAUCAAGAACCUCGGUAUUGACAUCGUCUGGCUGUGUCCUUCGUAUAAGUCACCCCAGGUUGACAUGGGAUACGAUAUCGCGGAUUAUUACAAUAUCGCCGACGAAUACGGCACGGUCGCAGAUGUCGAGAACCUGAUCAAGGGGUGUCAUGAACGGGGCAUGAAGCUCCUCAUGGACCUAGUCGUGAACCACACUAGUGAUCAGCACGAGUGGUUCAAGCAAUCGCGCAGCUCGAAGGAUAACGAGUACCGGAAUUGGUACAUCUGGAAGCCGGCCAAGUAUGACGAGCAGGGGAAUCGUCAGCCGCCCAAUAAUUGGGUGUCGCAUUUUCAGGGAAGCGCGUGGGAAUGGGACGAACAUACCGGCGAAUACUAUCUUCACCUGUACGCGACAGAGCAGCCAGAUCUUAACUGGGAACAUCCGCCGGUCCGCAAGGCCGUCCACGACAUUAUGCGCUUUUGGCUGGGCAAAGGUGCGAACGGGUUCCGUAUGGACGUGAUCAACUUCAUUAGCAAGGACCAGCGGUUCCCGGAUGCCCCAAUCAAGGAUCCACGUACCCCGUGGCAGUGGGGGGAUAAGUACUACGCCAACGGACCUCGGUUGCACGAAUACCUGCAGGAUCUGGGUAAGAUUCUUAAGGAGUAUGACACAUUCAGCGUUGGUGAGAUGCCCUUUGUGAAAGAUACGAAUGAGGUGCUCCGCGCUGUACAAUAUGACCGGAACGAGAUUAAUAUGAUCUUCAACUUUGAGCAUGUCGAUAUUGAUCAUGGCACAUAUGACAAGUUCGAGCCUGGGAGCUGGAAUCUCACCGACCUGAAGUCAUUCUUUGAGGUUUGGCAGAAGGUCAUGUAUGAAAAUGACGGUUGGAAUGCUUUAUAUUGGGAGAACCAUGACCAGCCACGGUCGGUUGACCGCUACACAAACGCAAAGGAGGAAGACAGACUUGUUGCAUCUAAGAUGCUGGCCACGAUCUUGGCCUUGAAAGCUGGCUCGCCUUUUGUAUACCAGGGCCAGGAGAUUGGCAUGAGCAACGUCCCACCUGAAUGGGAUAUCGAAGAGUACAAGGAUAUCGACUGCCUCAACCACUGGCACAGACUACUCAAGUAUAGGCCAACAGAUAUCGAAGCUCAGAAGAGCGCUCGCGAGGAAUACCAGAAGAAGUCCCGCGACAACGGCCGCACGCCAGUUCAAUGGUCGAACGCUCCGAAUGGCGGAUUCACCGGCCCCAACGUCAAGCCCUGGAUGUCUGUUAAUCCCAACUACGCGCGUGGAAUCAACGCCGAGGCCCAAGUCAGCGACCCUAACUCAACUUACCAUUACUGGGCAUCGGUGCUUGGACUCCGUAAGAAAUACCUAGAUAUCUUUGUUUACGGAAACUACGAUCAGGUCGAUCGGGAUAGCCAGGAAAUCUUCGCAUACAGCCGUCAGUAUGAGGAUCAGAAGGCAUUAGUUUUGGCCAACUGGACUGAAUGCAUGUUGGAGUGGGACUCUUCAUCUCACGGUGUCAAAGACGUGAAGGACGUGUUGUUGAACACUUAUGAUAGCGUAAGCGAUGCCAAAGAGAGAUUUUCCGGUACCAAAUGGACUCUUCGCCCCUAUGAGGCCGUGGUCCUACUCACUGAAGCUUGA